AUGAGCCCUCCAAAGUCGGGCGUUCCAAAGGGCUGGCCGCCGGCCGUGACCUACCUCGCCGCCCCGGUUUACUCGAGAGCGUGCACGGCGGACGUGAUUGAACAGCUUCACACGGCGCCCCCGCUGACGCAGCCCGUCCGCCCGCCGCCUGCGCCGUCGCCCCUGGUCCGCAUCACCAAGAUCAGUAGCCCAUCGCACCCGGCGCAUGGCCAGCACGGGCUCUUUGCCGCGCAGCACCUCGCUCCCGAUACCUUUAUUAUCCUGUACUUGGGCCUCACCCACACCCGCGCCGACGCAGAUCCCGCAUCUGACUAUGACCUGUCCCUGGACCGUGACCUGGGAAUCGGCGUUGACGCCACGCGCAUCGGCAACGAGGCCCGCUUCAUCAACGACUAUCGUGGCGUGGGCCCGCCUGGCCCCAACGCCGAGUUCCGCGAGCUGUGGGUGGACGUGGGGAAAGAUCGCUUGGAGAAACGCAUGGGCGUCUUCGUCCUGAGCGCGGGAAAGAGCGGAAAGAGAGCCAAGGGCAUCGCCAAGGGCGAGGAGAUCCUGGUGAGCUACGGCAAGGGCUUUUGGAGCGAACGGCGCAAAGAGCAGGAAGGCUGA